UCAGAAUCAUCGAGAUAGCUUAUUUAGCUUUCUUACAACGCGGCACAUAGGGAGGUGUCAAUAAAAUCGAAAACUGAAAUUUCUAAAUUUGUCAAUUCAUCGGCUUAAACCCUAUUACCUCUCUCUCUCUCUCUCAGCAUCAGCCCGCGAAAAUGUUCAAGAAGUUUUCAACUGAAGAAGUGUCUGGACAAAAUCAAGUCAAGGCAUCUGUGCAGCGACGAAUUCGUCAAAGCAUUGCGGAAGAGUACCCAUUACUAGAGCCAGUGUUGGAAGAUUUGCUUCCAAAGAAGUCUCCGCUCAUUGUUGCAAAAUGUCAAAAUCAUUUGAAUCUAGUUGUGGUAAACAAUGUACCCCUGUUUUUCAACAUACGUGAUGGUCCUUAUAUGCCUACUUUACGUCUUCUGCAUCAAUAUCCAACGAUAAUGAAAAAACUCCAAGUUGACAGGGGGGCAAUUAAAUUUGUUCUCUCUGGAGCCAACAUAAUGUGUCCGGGCCUUACUUCUCCUGGGGGUGCUUUGGAUGUUGAUGUGGGAGCAGAAACUCCUGUGGCUAUUAUGGCUGAAGGGAAGCAACAUGCUCUAGCUAUUGGCUUUACAAAGAUGUCGGCAAAAGAUAUAAAGGCAAUCAACAAGGGAAUUGGUGUGGAUAACAUGCAUUAUCUUAAUGAUGGCCUCUGGAAGAUGGAGCGACUGGAUUGAGCUUGAAUAAAAAUCAAAGGCCAUCUUUUACUAGAUCGACAAUGAUUACCUGCUGCAAAUAGCAAGACUUGCUCAUCUUUAUGCAGCUGUUAUUUCCUUUUUUCCCUCUGGAUGUUAAUGAUCAAGCUGAACUAAAUUUUCUUAAAUUUAAUGAAGGAGAGCCAGGUUUUCCAGGGGAUUUAUAUUAUUGUUUUGGAACCACCAAGGCAAGCCACGUUCAAACUCAGCUACCACCUCACAGCCUUUAAACCACCACCAAUGCCAUUGCUACCGCUAUGCUUUAAAGUGUGCUUCAUCAUCUUUGAAAAAAGAAGUUAAGUUAGGCCUAAAUUUUUUAUGUGCAUUGUAUGGAAGAUAACAAAAAUAUAAUGUUUUGAAAGUGAAUUUGAGUUGCCAA